UUGAUUUUUAUAGGCUAUACACAAAACUACUGACUGUACGGGGGUGUUUUCGAAUUGUACACUUGGCCUUUACCAGGUUGCUUCUAACUCUCAAAUGUAUUUUUUGUUUAUUUUAGUUCUUGCUACCUGACUUUACAGGCUUUUAGUUAAAACAGUGUUACUUAUUGUUCCUUUUUGUUUCUAUAAUCUGUCAAUGGCAGGCACUAAUGAAAGCACUGAAAAUGUUUUCAUUUCUCAGAGUGUAGUCAAAUCGGAACUGGAUGCAGGGUAUAUAACAAAGUUGGUAAUAGCAGUACUUCUGCCUCUGUUUUCUGUGUAUGUAAAUUGCAUCAUGCUGUAUGCUCUUAUGAGUAAGAGUGUUCUUAAAGAAUCUCCACGUUACAUUCUCUUUGCACACAUGCUUUUCAAUGACUCUGUUCAUCUCAUUCUCACCUCUUUGUUUUAUGCCCUGGCCGUGGCCUUCCUCAAGCUGGCUAAAGCCGUCUGUUCGCUCAUCCUGUUUUUGUCUACUACAACAUUUCUCAAUGCACCUUUAAACCUGGCUGUGAUGUCACUGGAGCGUUACGUGGCCAUACGCUUUCCUCUAAGACAUGCAGAAAUAGCCACUCUGAAAAGGACUUACAUUGCCAUUUGCUUUGUUUGGUUAUUUGGCUCUUUGAAUAUUUUGACUGACAUCAUUUUUGCAGCAGUGAUGGAUCCUAACUUCUUCUACAUGCAGAUGUAUUGCUCUCGUGAACAGAUCUUCAUAAAACCAUGGCAGCUUGAUUUAUACAAUGGAUGCAAUGUGUUUUACUUUGUGUCUGUAACGGCCAUCAUCAUCUUCACCUACAUCAGCAUUAUGAUCACAGCCAGGUCCAUGUCCUCCAAUAAAGACUCUGCUAAGAAAGCUCACAGGACUGUACUACUGCACUUCAUUCAACUGGGCCUGUGUCUCACCUCUUUUGUAUACGGCUCUAUAGAGAGAGCACUUUAUUUGAUGGCUGGAAGUGAUACGGCUCUCUUUAAACACCUGAGAUAUCUUAAUUUUCUCAUUGUUCUGGUUCUGCCCCGCUGCCUGAGCCCUCUCAUCUAUGGGCUUAGAGAUGAUGCUGUAAGACUGUUAUUCAAAUAUUAUUUCUGCUAUCGUUCUACUAAAGCAGGGCACUAAAGGGAAAACUUGUAAUGACAAGUAACUGAAAGUAAUAGUGCAAGAAUUGAAAGCUUCUAUCUGAACUAAAUAUUCAUUCAUAAUGUGCUCUGCUGCCUGUGCCCACUCAGAAGCAUAGAGACAAAGCUAUAUGACUCUUGAAUAGAUGAACGCAUUUUGUUUAUGUCCAUGUAUAAUGUUUUGCAAAUCUUCGGUAGAUUAUAUGCUAUAACCAAACAUACAUGCUGUAUUCAUCCUUUCCAGCUGUAGUGAUUGUCACAACAUGACAGGUUCUUGAAGGAGAGCUUUACAGUGUACUACUUGAAGAACUGACAUUCUGUAGAACCCAGUAAUAUAGUAAUUUCCCAAAAAUGUAAUGAUUCCCUUAUAUGUAAUACAAUUUUACAGUUGAAUAAAAAUCAAUAAUGUUAUUACUUGGCCCAUUUCCGAAAAUAUGUUGGGAUGCUGAGCAAAAUGUAAAUAUAAACAAAAUGCAAUGAAGUACAAAUCAUUUUAGCUCUAUAUUUAAUUGAAAAUACUACAAAGACAUCAAUGUUGAAACUGAGAGAUUUUAUUGUUUUUUAAAAUAUAUAUGUAGAUUUUGAAUUUGAUGCCAACUUCAUGUUCCAAAAAGUUGGGACCGGGCAUGUUUACCACGGUGUUUCAUUACCUCUUCUUUUAACAACACUCUGCAAGCGUUUGGGUACUGAAGAGACUAACUGCUGUAGUUUUGAAAGUGAAAUGUUUUCCCGUUCUUGUUUGAUAUAGGAUUUUAGCUGCUUAACAGUUCGGGAUCUACUUUGUCGCAUUUUCAUAUCUGUAUAUGUAGUGUUGCAUUGUCAUAUCUGGAUUAAUGGUGCCUUCACAGAUGUGCACAUCACUCAUGCCGUGUGCACUAAUGCACCCCUAUACCAUGAUGAAUACUGACUUUUGAACUGUGCCCUGAUUUCCAAAAAGAAUUUUAAAUGCUGAUUCGUCAGACCACAGGACACUUUUCCACUUCCCUUCAGUCCAUUUUAAACGAGCUUGUGCUUAGAGAAGGUCGCAGUGUUUUUGGAUCCUGUUUAUAUAUUGUUUCUUCUUUGCUUUUUUAAUUUUUAACUUGCAUUUGUGUUUUCACAGA